AUGACCCGGCAAACAUUGCAAUAUCGGCGAGCAUUUAAAACGGGGAUUUUACCGGAUACGGAAACAUCAUUUUCGGAGAUAUUCUUUUUUGAAAUAUCAUUUUCGGAGAGAUUCUUUUUUGAGAUAUCAUGUUCUGAGGCUCUUUUUAUCCUGCCUGGAUCAGAUAGGACCAGCAAGCAAAAUAGGAAAAAGAUAAACGAAAAUCCAAAAUAUACCGAUGCUAAAAAGCAAAUCCCUUCGCUGAGGGAGGUUGCAGACCAGCUUUGUGCAUUAAACGGCAAGCUAAACGGAAGGAUCGAUUCUUUGUUGAUCGAGCUAAAUGCUAUAAAGAGUAGAUUGCUUAACGUGCUAGAUUUUAACCGCAAUUGCUUGCCUUUGGGAUCGAAUCUUCUCUACAAGCUGGAUAGGGAUGCCGAGGAGUGCGAGUUAAAUGUGUUGAGCGGCCAAUUUAUUGGAAAAUUUACGCAAUGGAUUUCGACGGUUUUGCUUCCCAAGCUGAGUCUUUUAAAGAAAAUUCUGGAACAAGACAUCCUUUGCUCGGAUGAAUAUAGAAAUGCCUCCAAAUUUACUCUUACCAACAGCCGCGAAUCUUUUUUCGAGACGUUCGCGUUGUUGGAUACCUUGCAGAUACGAGUUUGUGCCAUUGCGAAUCUAUUGAGCAUUGCCCCCUUCGAUCUUUCUUCGAUUCCUGGUUUGCUGUCCGAAUUGUAA